GGCACAGACUGCUGUACACUUCAUAGAAGAAGAAAGCAGAGGGGAGAGUAACUUCACAUACUUUUCUCCAACACAAAUCUCGAUGCUGAAUCUGAUGUAGAUUUCCACCUCGCGGAGAAAAAGGCCAGGUUAAUUAGCCACACAGUGUGCGUUUAUCCGACAACACGAACAGAAGGCAGUCAGGCAGGAAUGAUCUGGAGCAGUGAGAGGUUGUGGCGGCCUCAUCAGUAGCUGUCACCACGGCGGGGGACCUACGGACCUCCGUCUGCAGGGUGGUCAUCUACCUCCAAAGGGACAUGUCCGGGGACAGCUGCCUGCCCCAGCAUCACACCCAGACCCACCCUAACCCCUCAACCCCUCCUCUGGCCUGUCCCAAGACCAAGACCUGCAGUUAUCGAGGAGCGGUGGGGCUGGGCAACAAGUAUGUCCGGAUCAAUGUUGGCGGGAACCUGUUUUACACCACACUUCAAGUGCUGACCAAGCAGAACUCCAUGCUGAAAGCCAUGUUCAGUGGAAAGAAGGAAGUGUUCACUGAUAAAGAGGGUUGGAUCCUGAUCGACCGCAGUGGGAAACACUUUGGCAGCAUCCUGUGCUUCCUACGUGAUGGCACAGUCACCUUACCUAAAGGGCGGCAGGCUGUCCAGGAGCUGCUCGCUGAGGCAAAGUAUUACCUCGUCCAGGACCUAGUGGAACUUUGUCAAAACACCCUGCAGGGCAAUAAAGAGCAGCCCCUGUGUGUCAUACCUGUGGUCACGUCCAGUAAGGAAGAAGAGAGGCUCAUCCAGUCUUCUACCAAGCCUGUGGUGAAGCUGGUGUACAACAGAAGCAAUAACAAGUACUCCUACACCAGUAACUCGGAUGACAACCUUUUGAAGAACAUCGAGCUGUUUGACAGGCUGUCCCUCAGCUUCAACGGCCGCGUCCUCUUCAUCAAAGACGUGAUCGGAGACGAGAUCUGCUGCUGGUCCUUCUACGGUCAGAGUCGCAAGCUGGCUGAGGUGUGCUGCACCUCCAUCGUCUAUGCCACGGAGAAGAAGCAGACCAAGGUGGAGUUUCCUGAAGCUCGAAUCUAUGAGGAGACUCUGAACACCUUGCUCUAUGAGACGAUGCCGCUGCCAGACAACUCCCUGCUGGAGGCCACACGUCGGAGCUACACCAACUGUGGCUCUCACAGUGAGGAAGAAGACGGGCCUGGAGGAGCUGAGCUCCGCGAGCGUGUCCGUCGAAUCCACGUCAAGAGGUACAGCACGUACGACGACCGACCACUGGGACACUGAGACUGAAACCACAAACGGCUGGACAGAUUUCAGCUUUUCACAUUGAUGAUGAACUUUCGAACAUGAAAUCUGUCGAUGCCCAUGCAUUUCUCUUUUGAAUAGUUUAUUAUCUUACUUUCUUUACCACUAUCUUAAAGAAGUCCAAACUGUGGCCUUGAUGUUAUUGCAUCUGACUUUUUACUCUAGAUAGUUGUGGUGUUGUCUGCUCAGUCCAUCAUAAUUUAUGAAAUAUUAUCAGAGGAUUCAGAGCAACUACUUCAAAUAUCUAGAGAACUCUAGAUUAUUAUUAUUAUUUUUUUUUUAUAAAUGUAGAUUAGUAGUGGAGGAAAAAUCACUGAUAUGCACUAUUUCUUAGAAGAAAUACUAUCACAAUCAUAGCACUUACAUCAGCAGGAGCGCAUGUUUCAUAUUUAUAGAUUGUAUUUUUCAUAUACACAUUUAUGACAGCCUGUUGUUUGCCAAAGAUGAAUCUGUUUAGUUUUUCCAGAACUAGUGCCUCUGACAUAUUUCAAUGCAGUUUACCAUGAUGCCUUUUUUCCAGCUGUGAAGAUAAAAGUUCUUGUUAUUCCA